CCAGAUAUAUAAACAACGGCUCCGGUAGACUUCCGGGCCUGGAUCUUCGUGUAUUCCUUUUGCGACGCCAUCUGAAUCUCGAACCCGACUCAGGAAUCUUAAAUCAGAAGCGAAGAAAGAAUGGCGGGUGGUGGAGCUCCCCCGAGAGGAAGUGCAGCCGCGGCUGCAAGCAUGAGGAGGAGGAGGACGAGCAGUGGAGCCGGGGCCUCCGGAGGGGCGGCAGGAACAAUGCUCCAGUUCUACACGGACGAUGCACCCGGUCUCAAGAUAUCCCCGAACGUCGUGCUUGUCAUGAGCAUCGGUUUCAUCGCCUUUGUCGCCGUUCUCCAUGUCAUGGGCAAGCUCUACUUUGUCAAGAGAGAUGCUUGAAAACAAGGGUAAUAUAGAUGAAGAGUAUGCCUUCUUGUGCUCGUUUCUUUCUUUCGUUUCCCCCUUUUUCCCCCAGAUAGAGGCAGAAUUUGCGCAAUGAUAAAUUCUUGAUGGGCUGAAUCUUUUAUCCUCUUUAUACAACUUCAAUCCCGUUGACUCUUAUCCCAAAUUCCAAGUUGCAUCUGAAUGUGAAAUUAGAUUGUUAGAUUUUGGUA